AUGAACGACGCGUCGCCGUGCGUGCCUGACUACUACGGCCAGGCAAUGAACGACGAUUCGCCCGCCGCCGCUUCGACGCGCGCCGAGAGGCGCUACAUGGUCGACUUCAAUGAGAGCGAGGGCGAGUCGGCUUUCUUGGUUGAGGGGGCACAGGUUCAGACCGAGCUCGGGCCAACGGCUUCCGUCAAGGCCGGCAUCACUUCGCUGCCGCCUUCGCUCCUCGGAGCUGAGGCGUGCGGCGUCAACAACGACGUCGUUGUGAAGGAGGAGGCCGCCACUCAGGAGGCCACCUCCGAGGAGGCCGUCGUCGCCGAGGAGUCCGCCACCGAGGAGGCGACCAUCAAGUCCGCCGCCGCCGAGGAGGCCGUCGCCGAGGAGGCUGCCAAGGAGGUCGAGAAGCCGGCCAAGACCGUUUCCAACACGCCCGACCCAGCGGACACCACCUGCUACCCGGGCCUGCCCACGCCGGCGGAGGGGGGGAAGAGCGGGCCCGCGUCGGCCCGCAGCGGCUCCGGACCGGGCUACGUGGACGGCGUCGAGGCCGAAGUCCGCCGGCUGGGCGAGAGCGUCGUCUACCAGGCUACGCCCACCGACGGCAAGAAGUCGCCGUCGCCGGGAGUCCCCACUUCCGGCGGCAUUGCGCCCGUGGCGCCCAAGCCCCUUGGCGCGGUCGCGGGCGCGGGGCAGGCUGAGGCCGAAGCCGCCGAGGAGCGCAAGUACUGGCUUGGCAUUAACAACAAGGCGAAGGCGGCGCUCGAUCUCAACCACGUCCGGCAAGGCGCCAUCCGCCGCUGGCACGCGGCGGCCAACUGCGUGCAGGGCGGCUACACGAAGGCCGAGGGCGCCUUCCGGUGGCUGCUCCUCGUCUGCAUGCCCGCCUUCGGCCACUGCGCGCCCGCCGUGCCUAGCCCGACGGCGGUGGCCUCGGCCUUCUCGUCUGCCGUCGCCUCGGCGUCCUCUACCUUCUCAUCCGGCGUCGCCUCGGCGGCGUCCUCGGCCUUCUCGCCCGCCGUCGCCUCCAAGGCGUCCUCGCUCGUGAGCUGCUCGCCGCUUCUCAUGCCCGCCCUCGUGCUCAUCCUCCUCGCCAUCGCUUGCGUCGCCUCCUGGCCGACCGCGGCGAGCGGAAAGGGGGCUCGGCGCUGCGUGGCGUGGGCCGUCUGCCUCACCGCCGCCAUCGCGUGCCUCCCCGGUGCAGCAGCGGCUCCCGUGGAAUCCUCUGCGUCGAGCACCACUUUCUCGUGGUUCACGGAGGGUGGUGCGAUACCUCUCUCUUUCCUCUUCGCCGUGAGCGUGUUUGCUGCCACGGCCGACUUCGUGCUCCGGCAGCUGCGCGGGCGGCGCAACAGCACGGCGGCCUUCUCUCCGCCCGUCUUCUCGCCGCCGCCAUCGCCGCCAGAGUCCGCCGGCGGCCCGUCGGACGUGGUGAGGACCUCGUCGGCGGUGAUGCGGGUCGUCGACAAGUUCAGCUCUCUCAUGCGGCCGCCGCCCAGGAGGCCGCUUCUUCCGAGGCCGUCGACUGCGUACGUCAACUCGCGUCGUAUCCGCAGCGGCCCAAUCCUCUCGGCGGGGGGGUCGCCGCCCACUCACCCAGUCCCCGCCACUUCGCGCGACAUGGUGGGAAGGUCGCUUGAUGUUCGGCCACCGAUGCACCGCUGCAUCGUUUGGCUGCUCACGGCAGUGCUCACCUCGCGCGUGUUUCGGGUUGUGAGAGAGCAGAUCUACGGCCGGAAGGUCCAUCGGCUGAGACGUCAUGUGGAGGUGGUCAACGGGCAGUCUGUCGUGCGCUACAAGAGGGAAAACAGCGUGAGGCGGGAGAGUGAGCUCCGCUCCUUCGCACUGAUCCCGCUGACGAUGACCGUCCUCUGGCUGGUCGCCACGAUUUUCGAUGCCUGGGCUACUCUGCCACCCAACAUCUCUCGCACCGUGAGCGAGCCGCCAAACUCCACCGUCUUUGGCAUUGCCGCAGGAGAGCGGCCGCCCUUCAUCGGCUGUGAGUAUUGCGAGCAGCAGUGCGCGCCUUGCGCCACGUGCUACGACGGAUGGACUCACGUCUAUGAGAACCGCUUCGACCGUUGCGCAGCGUCAGCCGGGCCAUGCGGCUACCCCUUUGGCGCGCUGCGCCACUGCUCUGUUCAGUGUGCGCCCUUCUUUGCGCUUGGCCGGCAGGGGCUGCACUGCAUCGAGAGGUCGGACGACUUUUCGGCGUUCGCCCUCGUUGCUCAUCCAGACAGCACCGGCAGCGGACGAGAAUUUUGCGAGUACCGCGACCCUUCGUUGCCCAUCGUCCGCGGCGUCGACCCAUGGGGUCAGGGUCGGCGCUGGCCGCUCGUCGUGUUCCUCAACGGGCGCGGGACGUGUGGGAAUCUCGCGCUUUGGAACUUCCAGCUCCACGGGCUGCGCCACUGGUAUGGCUUCCUCCUCCUCAUGCCCGACAGCGUCAGGCACGCCAAAGGGCGAUUCUGGUGCACGCCUGUUGACAUGCUCCACGCGCCCGACGCGUGCGGUGGCAGUGACGACGACGCAUACAUCUGGUCGCUGGUUGAGGAGGUACGGAGCGAUUACGAGAUCAGCGACGUGAUCAUCAUGGGCUGGAGCAACGGCGCGGGCUUAGCCACGACGAUGGCAUGCAAUCACGCCUCCGACUUGCUCGGCGCCAUUGUCGUUGCGGGCGGCGACGCGCACACCUACGCCAUCCCGGACCACCCGUCGUACUCGCGCGGUUGCCAGCCGGAUGGCCCCGUGCACAUGCUAUACCUUCACGACCCCAACGACUUGAUCGUCCACUACAGCAACGCCGUCGCCAACGUCGAACAUGCGGCCAAUGCCAGCGGCUGCGACACCUCCGUCUGCCCCGCGCCGCAGCGCCGACUCGACCUUGUGCGGCACUUGGAGGGCGUUCAGAGGGUCGGCGGCGACAUUCUGAACCUUGGUCCCCGUCCGAGGAUGGAGACGACCCUCUUUGCGUACCGCCACUGCCUGCCGGGAGGCUCCGCCGAGAUGAUGGUGUUAAUGGGGUACGGGUACCUGUCGGGGCAAACCAGCCAUGGGACGAUCUUGUCCUUCUCCUUGCCCGCAGUUGGCCACAUCCUCGGCUUUGGUCAGCCAAAUGAUCAGGGAGUGCAUUUCGCGUUCACAAAGCGUGCACUCGACUGGAUGUGGGCCAAGGGCGGCUACCAUCCGUCCGCUGCCCGUGAAGGCCGCCAUCUCACCAUGUUUGCUGCCCGCAGCCUUGACCACGCCGGCAACUUGCGCUGCUCGAUCUACACCGACUAUCACGACGCCAACAAGAACUUCAUUUGUGUCCUGAUCGCUGUGCCCUUGUGUGGGCUCGCCGCCGUGAUCUCCCUUUGCUUCAUUCAGGGGAUGCGCGACCUGCGGAAAGCGGCGAAAGCAGGCGGCUUAAUGCGGGCAGGAGCUGUGAUUGCUCCGGCCCCUCGCAGCAUUACGUUCCACGACGUGGCGCCAAGCGCCGCACAAGCCGAGGAGAUGGAGGCUGCGGAAGCACGGCGCUAG